AUGGUAAAAAAAGAAUUCAAAGGAGAAGUUAAACAACUUAUAAAGCAUAUAGAUCCUUUUAAUCGAUUUAUUUUAUAUAAUUAUCUAAGUGAAUCUGCAGAUUUGGUGAUCGUUGUUUGUAAAUUAAACAAAAAUAACCUUUUAAUGAAGUCAAAUCAAUCAAAUGAUUCUCUAAAGAGAAAAAGACAAUCAAGUUCUCAAUCUAAAUCUUAUGAUAAAUGGCAAGAUUUUGAAGAGGAUCUUGAAGAGUCAGAGUUGUUGGAUGGCGGUGUUCGUAAGGCAGCCACUUCGUUGACGUUGCAAGAUGAGUCUACCAACAAAGGACAGCUUCACGACUACUCAAAGAUCUGCCAACUAAAGACUGACAAUAAGACACGGCCAAUCUGGGUGUGUCCAGACGGCCACAUCUUCCUCGAGACGUUCUCACCGAUCUACAAACAAGCGUCUGACUUUCUCGUUGCUAUAGCGGAGCCUCGUGCUGGUUCGUCUCUCAAAGAUGACCAUUCCCAAAGAGAUUAUCAAAUCGAUCCUGAACAAGUGGAGGCUGUCAAGAAACGCUGUAUCCAGCUUGACUACCCGAUGCUCGAGGAAUACGACUUUAGAAAUGAUACAAUCAAUCCAAACUUGGCGAUCGAUUUGAAGCCGACAACAAUGAUAAGACCGUACCAAGAGAAAUCGCUGUCAAAGAUGUUUGGUAAUGGACGUGCACGUUCCGGUAUCAUUGUGUUGCCGUGUGGUGCCGGUAAGUCGCUGUCUGGUAUCACCGCAGCCUGCACCGUCAAGAAGAGUAUAUUGGUGCUGUGCACAUCGGCAGUGUCUGUUGAGCAGUGGAAAUAUCAGUUCAAGCUCUGGUCAAACAUCGAGGAGAAGAUGAUCUCCAAGUUCACAUCCGACAGCAAGGAGAAGAUGUACACUCUGGCCGGUGUCACCAUUACCACCUACACUAUGAUUGCAUUCGGUGGAAAGAGAUCGGCUGAAUCGCUAAAGAUUAUGAACGACCUCACCAAGAGAGAAUGGGGACUGGUGUUGUUGGACGAGGUGCAUGUCGUGCCGGCAGCGAUGUUCCGUAGAGUGCUGACGGUGACGCGUGCGCAUUGCAAACUCGGACUGACCGCCACACUUCUCAGAGAGGACGAGAAGAUUCAGGAUCUAAACUUUUUGAUCGGACCUAAACUCUACGAAGCGAAUUGGCUGGAUCUUCAGAAAUCCGGUUUCCUUGCCAACGUCAGUUGUUCUGAGGUUUGGUGUCCGAUGACCGCAGAGUUUUACCACGAGUAUCUCACCAACGAAUCACAAGGAAAGAAGAAGCUACUCUACACAAUGAAUCCCAACAAGUUUAGAGUGUGUGAAUAUCUCAUAAACUACCAUGAGCAGCGUGGAGACAAGAUUAUCGUAUUCUCUGACAAUGUGUAUGCUCUGAAGAUGUACGCAACGCAGCUAAAGAGAUUCUACAUCUAUGGUGCCACCUCUGGUCAGGAGAGAAUGAGUAUCUUAUCAAAGUUCCAACACGAUCCAUCGGUGAGAACUAUAUUCAUUUCAAAGGUCGGAGAUACUUCGAUCGAUAUUCCAGAGGCAACCGUUAUUAUCCAGGUCUCCUCUCACUAUGGUAGCAGAAGACAAGAGACACAACGUCUCGGUCGUAUUCUACGUCCAAAGCCAAAAUCCGACGGUCUGUACAAUGCGUUCUUCUACUCACUCGUCUCGAAGGAUACACAAGAGAUGUACUACUCUACAAAGAGACAGCAGUUCUUGAUCGAUCAAGGUUACAGCUUCAAAGUGAUCUCAGAGUUUCCGGGACUGGACGAGGAGCAACUUCAAUUCUCAACAAAGGAAUCACAACUCAAGCUACUCCAAGAGGUUCUGAGAGAAGGUGACGACAGUGGUAAAAUUGAAAUGCUCGAUGAAGAUUUCGACGAUAUUACAGUAUCAAAGAAGAAACAAAAGCCAAACACAACCAUCACCAGAACCACUGGAAAUAUCCGAGCUCUUUCUGGUGGCGCUGGUGAUACCACCUACAUGGAAUAUAAAACACCAAAGAUAUUCAACAGUAAAAGACCUGCUGGUAAAAAAUAA